AUGCCGUCAUCGCUUCACUUCUGGCACUGGCUGGCAUGUGCAUUGUUGACGUGCGGUCGUGCUGGCAAUGUCCAGGUUCUGAACGUUGACCCACAAGGAUCAGGAGCUUGUCCAGGCUCCUGGCAGAUCACCACUGGCACGGCUGGCAAUCAGGUUUGUGUGCGAUCCGGCUUCCCUUCCUCGUCCACGUCGGUAGACACCCUGGGCGCCAUGUCCCAAGCUGGCAAUGUGAAGGGGCGACGGAUUUAUGACAGAAUCUUCGGGACUGCCAAGAUCUACCAGAAGGGCUCCACAGAUGCUUUCGAGACUGGAGUUCGAGACUCCAGCGGAAUUGACUCCAGUGAUUAUGUUGAUGGCAUGUCAGUGACCAUUGGCACUCCCCGCCUUCACAUCUUCACUCUGGCGCUCGGGACUUCCUACGACACCGCUCUUGGGACCGGGGGCAUGUGCCCCUGCGAUGCUGUGACGCAGAGCCCGCAGUGCGGGGGCGAUCCAGUGCCGGGGUUCUUGAGCGGAGAAUCGGUGAUUUGCGAUUCUGGAACCCUGGGCUCAGCAAGUCUCCUGUGGGGCAGCAGGUUGGUGCAGACGACUUUUGACGUGGCUGUCUCCGUAACAGCGGCGGAUGUCGAGGUGCGGCUCAUGUGUGAUGCCGUUAGCACGAAUGAAGAUGUGGGUGUGCUCGAGUUAUUGGUGUACGUGCAGGAAAUCGAGGACAACACCCCUCCACAACUGACGCUGCUGGGAUCCUCCCCGCUGAAAGUGGAGGUGGAAUCCUUAUUUUCGGACCCAGGGGCGACGUGCGUUGAUGACGUCGAUGGGGUGUUGAAUUCCAACAUCACAGUGGUUGGCCAAGUUAACACCAGCCAGUUGGGUGAGCAGGUGAUUGUGUACUUUUGCGAGGACUCGUACGAGAACAGCGUGAACCAGACCCGCGUCAUCAUUGUUCUCGACUCCGAGAUACCCGUGCUGGAGAUGGAGGGCGAUGCUCGUGUCUGCCUGGAAGAGGGCGUACCAUAUGUGGAGCAGGGGGCCACUUGUACCGAUGCCGUGGAUGGGACGUACCCUGCGACCGUUGCGGGCGCUGUCAACCCGGACGUGUUGGGCAACUACACCAUCUGGUAUUCCUGCAGCGACAGCGCCGGCAACAAUGUCACGGUCCUGAGGACGGUCACAGUGGUUUCCAGCGACAUGCCGGGCAAUCUGUUCCUCACAAGCUUCUCCGUGGACAUCGGAGGGACCACGUCCUUGGCUCCCCAGGUCCAGGCCGUGGGAGUGGACCCUGCGACGGAUUUCGCCUUCAACUGGUCGGAGGAUGUGAUCGCGAGCCCUGAGUUCUGCAGGUUCAUUUCGGUCUACGAGUCGUUGCAUGAUGGGAGUCUAUCUCUCAUCAAGCAGUAUGAAGGCUACAGCUUGUUCAGUUUCAGCAGUGUCCUGGCUGAUGGGCAGCUGCAGCUGGCACAAGGCUCUGAUGCCUCCUUGAAUGCAGGCCUCAAAGACACGACUUCCUACACCAUAGUCUUGGAUGAGCUCUUGGUGCGCGACCUGUCAGGCUUGGGAAAUGCGAGGCAGACACUGCAUCUAGUCACUGGUGACUACUCCCCACCCGUCCUCCUGGAGUCGCGGCCGCCGGCCAUGCAUCCUGCCUGGCCACUGGCAGCUGGCGUCCUCCUUCGUUUCGACGAGCCCAUCAGUGUCGGAAACGCUUCCCUGCGCAUUUUGGACCUAUAUCUGGGCAUCGAAGAGGUGGUGCCCUGCAACGGCUCCACGUCCAGCCAGGGCUUGUCCGUGGAGGUGAGCGGCAACAGCUUGCAAGUUUUGGGUGUGGAUGCCAUUUGGCAGCCCUGUGCUGACUUCCGCUUGGCUGUGGAUGCUGCUUGCGUCCUCGAUGUUUCGCCCAACGCCAACCCUUUCCAGGGACAUGGCCUCUCUUUUGCGACAUCUUGCGUGAUCAGUGUCAGCCCAGCCCGGAACAGCCUUCAGGUCUCGCCCCACAGUCCAUUGGUCUUUACCUUCUCCGAGCCCGUGGAAUGGACCUCCUCGAACGCGUCUGGGGUUUUAAUUCGGAUCGUUGAUGAAAGAGAGCUUCGCGUUGGUCCCAGCGACUGGCCUUAUGUGUACACUUUGGAUGCUACCCUUACCGUGGAUCUUGCCUGCGUCACAAAGUACUGUGCCAUCCAUCGCGCGAUCCCUAACGUGACGGCACACUUCUCCUCGGGACUCUGUAGCGGCCUCCUCCCCCAACAAUGUCGGGGGAAGCUCCACCAGGUCGUCCUUGAGGGAGGUCUUCUGAGCAGGGCCAACGAUUCCUGGCCGGUUGCCUCGAUCCUCAACGGCACAGAGGUGCCCGCGGAGCUGCUCGAGGACCCCUACUACUUCACCCUGGAGCCCAUCGAUGCCACGGCCCCGACCUUGCUGGCCAUGGACGUGACGCUGGCCUCUCAGAGCCAGGUGGACGUCCUCGUCGCCAUCGACGAGGGUGGCCACGUCUACUGCGCCGCGUGGGCGCUGGCAGGGCCUGGCCCGUGCUCGGACGUGGAGCUGCUGGUGGAGUACAGCAACGACGUCUGCAACCAGACGCAGGUCGAAUGCAGAAACUGCGAUGCUCCAAGUUUUGGAUGCUUUGACCGGAGCAGCAUGUGGGUGGACGACGGCUGCUCGGCGCGGUUCCGGUUAGAGGGAGUUGAGCUGGAUUGCCAGAGUGGGGAACUCGACACGACCAUCCACGAUGCCGCCUUCCAGAGCGCGCUGUCUCUGGGGCAUCGGCACGCCUGCGCUCUGCGGAAGGCGGAUGAGACGGCGGUGUGCUGGGGGAAAGCCGAUAACAUCGACCCGGUGACUUUUGCAGCCCCCAGCGGGACCUUCAGCUCCAUUGCUGCUGGGUUCCAGCACACGUGCGCCAUUCGUGGGACCGGCGAUGUCCUUUGCUGGGGUACCGAUGUGCAUGGAGAGACUGCGGGCCCUGGAACCAGUGAUGCUUUUGACUACAUCACGAGCGGAUACCACUUUUCCUGCGCACUGAGGGUCGUUGACAGGAACGCAGUUUGCUGGGGCUUGGACGACAGCGGACAAGCAACGCCUCCCGCAGUGCAGCUCCUGACAGUUUCAGCUGGCUACAGGCACGCAUGUGGAAUACGCCUGUCUGAUUACUCAGUUGUGUGCUGGGGCCUAAAUGAUCUGGGUCAGGCAAGCCCGCCAGCAGGCGAGUUCCUGGCGGUCAGUGACCGCGGUGAGGAGAUGUAUCAUGGCAGUCUAAGCUCAGGAUGGUGGCACACUUGUGCCGUGCAGAAGGCAGAUGCAUCGAUUGUCUGCUGGGGGGACAACAGCAAUGGGCAGACAGAUGCUCCGCAAGAUGCAGCGCAGUUCUUGCAAGUGGUUGCCGGUCGGGCACAUGCCUGCGGAGUGCAGCGGGUGCUUGCGGGUCAAGGACCAGGUGUCGUCAAGAACGGUACAGUCAGGUGCUGGGGACUGGAUGACUAUGGCCAGAGCUCGCCGCCAAGCUCACUGCCAAAGGUUGGCGGCAUCGCGGCGGAUGAUGACUACACGUGCGGCCUGGCGAUUCAGGACGGGCUGCCAUAUUGCUGGGGCAAGGAUGAUUUCAACCAAGCAAGCCCUCCCUCGGAGCACCUUGGCUUGCCGGACGAGUUUGCGAACGUGACCUGCGAGACGGACACCACGGCCAGCAGCAAGCGAAUCAAGGGGCUCUCUGGAGUUCGGGAUGCGAGUGACGAGGUUUCUGUGACCUACAACUCGACUCGGGGCUGUGCCGAGGGCCACCUAUCCCUGAUUGGCCUCCAAGAGGGUGCGAGCUAUGGGGUGUACUGCACUGCCGAGGAUGACGAGCUUCCAACGCCCAAUGUCUUGAGUGACCAGGUGGUUGCUGCAGCCGGCCAGUCCGUGACAAUGCCGGACAGGACCCCACCCACGCUGACCAUCAUGCGGGUGGACGCGGGUGUUGCCGGUGCCUCCUUGGAGGUGCUGCUCAGCGAGCCAGGGCUUCAGGUUUGCUGCGUGGCCGUGCUGGAUCGGCACCCGCCCCUCUCGGGGUCGGAGCUUCUGAAGGUGGGAACCUUCGGACAGGCCAGCUCGAGUGGAAAUGUGGCCACCGUCCGCCUGGAAGGACUCUUUCCGGACACCGAGUACGAUGCCUACUGCGUGGGCGAGGACUUGGCAGGCAACUGGGGCAGCGACCUCUCUAUCCUGCAGAGCAAGCGAGACUUUCACGUACUGCGGGACCUCACCCCACCGCAGCUGCUUUCCACAGAUCCGAGCUCCGGAGCCACGGUGUCGUGUACACCAGAUGGUUUGGCUCCUGGAUGCCUGGUGCAACCGCUGGUGCUCCGGUUCGAUGAGGACAUCUUCCGCGGCGCCGGCAAUCUCACGGCAGUCUGCCUGAACAACCCGGGCAUCUGUGUCGAUGUUGUCAUGCCCAUGGAGGUGGAGACCGGGCAGACAGGGACCUCGGCCAUUCAGCAUGCAGACAUCACCGUCAACUUCCUGGUGCCCUUAUCUGAUGCCUCGAAUUUCAAGAUCGUCAUCGACUCUGGGGCCUUGCAAGACAUGGCCGGGAACCCGGUGAGUCUGAGUGACACCUGCCAAUUCUGGGUUCCGCAAGGGGCAGAGUCGGCCCGCCCUGACACCUGUGCCGGGACCUUCACGUUUUGGACACCCUCGUAG